CAUUUGUCUCUGCCACUUUGCCACUUCGCUACCAGCAGUUAAGAACUAACAACAUAUUACACUUUAACGAAAUUUUAAAUUAAAAUUAAAAAAAACUAUCGUCGAAAAUUUUUACUACAUUUACGAUAGAUACUGAAAAUGAAUCCAAUUAAUUCUAAUAAAUGAAUAAAAGCAAAUACACAAAUAAAUAAGUGAACCAAAAAUUUGUUUCUCUACCAUCCUGUGUUUUAUUUCUAUUAAUUCUUCGAUCGAUCAAUCAAUCGAUCAAUAGUUCAAGUGCUUGUAUUUGAUUGAUAUGUUGUGAUAGUUUAGAUUAUAAAUAAGUUUUAUCUUUUCCUUCUUUCUUAUUUAAUCUAUUUAAUCUUGUGGUGCAGUGUAUGUGUGAUGAAUCUACGAUCGGAAUAGGAUUUCGCCUACCAGAUUUAAAGAAUGAAGUGGAAACUUCCCCGUUUCACCUUGACGGUGAUAACGUUAAUUUUGGUCAUUCUAUCGGAAAAUGAUUUUGGAAAUUGUCAAGAGAGUCGCUCAACUUCUCCGGUCGAUGAUCGCAGUCCGUCAUCGGUGACGAGGAGCAGAGGGGCUUCGAAAUUCAACAAGAAUUACGGUGCGCUUAGCGAUGACGUCAUCUCUUCGAACGUUCCAGUUUCAAAUUCGGCUGGUAAAAUUCUCAGAUCGUCCCAUAGGAGAUCUUCGAGAAUCGAAACCGCCGAGGAAUCCAAAUUGGGAUUGAAAACUCCCCAGCAGCCCUCAGGACGAGGGAAGUCUUCGGCAAGAAGUCGUUCGAAUCCGAUAAAUUUUGGAGAAAGUAUAAAACCCGAAGAAAGUUACCUGCACGUCGAUGAGAUUGAGAAAAAACACGCGGAAAGAAGAGACGUCCCGAGAUCAAAAAACGAAACCUCCGACGAUGGGAAAAAAAAUAAUGGCGACAGGCGAUACCUUCCGGAAAGAAGAGGCAGAGCAAGAACGGACAAAUUUUCGACCGACGUAGAACUUGAAGUACCGAAUGCAGCGCCUGCGAGGCGAGAAAUCCCGAAGAGAAGUUCGCGAUCGAGGGUCGAACACCCCAAGGCUGACGUUUUACCGCAGAAGGCGUCGGGACCUUCGGUAUUUUCCGGUACGACCGAGGUCUCGAGGUCGAGGACGGGCAGGAAAAUUCAGCAUCCUUUGACGAGGGAAAAGGAAAGUGAAAGGACCGAAUCCAGACGAUGGCAAUCCAGAGGUAAUUCAAGAAUUUCCGAGCCCCCGGUGACCCCGGAAUCCAGGGAUAAAGUUUCGGUGGAGACGAAAAAUGUCCACGUUGAUAUUCCAUUGAGUAUCGAAAUUCAGUCUACAAUUGCUCCGGAACAGACGACCGUGAGAUCCGAAGAAAUCGAGAUGGUCACCGUUCAGCCAUUCGUUUCUUCGACGACUUUGAGAAGCAGAGGACGAUCCAGGGAGGGCUCUCAAAGGGAUUCGGGAGCCGCGACGACAUCCUCGAGAAAAACUGUUCGGAGAGGUGGGUCGAGAUUUUCGGAAACUGUCAAGGACUCUCAGGAUUUUGGAAAUCAAGCCACCGAUCUUGCUUCACGUAAUUCGCCUAUCAAAUCCCGAGAUGAGUUUCAAAGAUCAAGAGAGGACCAUGGCAAGGGAAGAAGACGCGACGAAAAUUCUGCACAACGUGCGGAAUCCGACACACGGACUUUCACUUCGAGACGAGGAGAAUCUGUGAGACAAUUGAGCAGAUCUGGAAAUCGGGAAGAAGUUGUGGAAAGAUCGCCGCCGUCCUCGCGUUCAGGGGGAAGAUUUUCGAAUUUUAGAAGCAGAUCGCAGCCCGAAACGUCUUCGACGACGAUCAGUUAUCCCUCGUCCGCGUCGAAAAUCGAAGAUACGCGACAAGCGGAAGUUCAGGUGAAAAGCGAAGACGUGAUAAGCACGGUACCUCCAGAAUCGGAGGAAAUCUCUUCGCGGUCACCUUCGAGUACGGAAGCUUUUUUGAAGGUCGAAUCGACUCAACAACCGAUCGAGCAUGAAAGUCAAAGUAUAAAAAGACUUUCGAGAAAGAGAAAAUCGUCGACAACCGAAGCGGGUAUAACAAAUGUCAGAAGUGAGAUCAGAGGAAGACGAAGAGACCAGGAGAAUCUGCGGAGGAAAUCUCACAGGUCAAAUCCGAACGACGAGUCAAUCAAGCCUCCCAAAAUGGCUGAGGACAUCCCCGUUGCGACAGAAUUUUCUGCUUUGAGCAGCACCGAAAGCUUUUUGAAAAACGUUAAGAAAGAAGUUGACGAGCGGGUUAAAAGAAUCGACGAUUCCAAAGUCGAAAGGGGUCCGAAACCGCCAUCGAAUUUGCGUCGAGGUUUGAAGAGAUUGAAUCUAAAAGCAAAAGAUGAAAACGAGGAACUGAGCACAGCGUCUAGUAUAAAAUUCUCCGAGACUUUCAACGAAUCCAAAAGCAGACACGGCGGCAAAUCGAACAACCGUAAGUCCGAAAACGUUGAACGUGGAGCAAAAAAACAAAUUAUAGAACUUCCGGAAGAGGAAGAAAAUUAUCCACCCAAUUUCAAAGCCACAUUGGCCCUACUUCGGAAAAAUUCAGAACUCAAAACUCCCACAACGAAAUUUACUGGCACAAGGAUAGGAACGGAGACCAACUUCAGGAAGCCAUCGCCCGUCGCCUUCCCAACCAGAGCGCGCUCGAAACUUGAAAAGGCGAAGAAACUCGCGAAUCCGGAUGUACCGACUAAUUUAGAGGAGAACGAGCUCGGCGUGGAACCGACAUCGCCAACCCCUUCGACCGUCUCGGCGAAACGACAAAAACCAGCGCAGAUUCCAAAGCCGAAGAUUUCCGGACUUCGAGAGAACGGAUAUCCCAAAUUAACGAACGCGAGGAUAAAUUCUGCCGGUGGAAGCCCGCCGAAAAUAAGAAGCUUCGGCAAACCGAUCGGAAGAUCAAUCGUCACCGAAGAAACUCCGAAGAAUCAUUCGGAAGAAAAAAAUGUUGAGAAUUUGAAAAUCGGGCAGGUGAAACAGCGCCCGAAUUUUACGACUCGCAGAAGUUUGCCGACCUCUCGGAACGCCGUAAAUUUGAAACAGUUUCAGUCCGGGGGAAAUUCCGUACUGAGAAACGUGGCGGAGAAAAAAAUACCGCAAGUUAUCGACGCCUCGGUAACACCUGCGGCAGAAUUUGAGACGACUGCGAAAAAUUCCGAAUCGAUUGUCGUUGGGCAAAAGACAUCCGUUGCCGUAGAAUCAGGUGUGAAAAACGCUUCGAUCGAGCUUUCGAAGGACUCGGUAACCGAUUCUCCGACUACCACCACCUUGAAAUCCACGGGGAGAUACACCAGGCGCAGGCCGGAAGUAAAAACUUUUACGAAAUUUGAUCCCGUCCCGAAACAAGUGGAACAACCGGAAGUCCACGUUCCCGUGAGGCGGGAAUUCCGACCGAGAACUGCCACUUAUCGAAGGCAUUCCGAACCUCCUUUCACUCCUGCACAGAGUCCUGUGAGUACGCCGGGUAACGAUGGACCGUUCAGCGUCUCGAUUACCCCCAAGUCCCCCAAGUUUCACGCGACCUUCAAAUCCGGAGAUGAUUUUACCGUUCCUAAUACAAACGGCAAGACUUUCAACGUCCAAAUAUCGGAAGACAGUUCCAACGAUAUUGCAAACGCGUCGGGCCAGCCAAUAAAUUCUGGUUCGUUGGGGAAUCAAGGAAUCUUGGGCAGCAGCAAUGGAGAGACUGGAACCGGUAGAAGCAACGUUUUCAAUCCAACCAAGACGGUGUUCUUGAUAAACAGGAAUACUUCUUUACUCGAACAACUCAGGAGCACCGUUGCACCGCUUCUUUCUAGUUUGGGGAUAAAAUCUCCCGUUUUCGCCGGUGCCUAUAGAAACUCAACUAGCAGCGGGAAUUCCGCGAUCCGAGUAACGCCCAGUGGACAGCCUCCGAGAUUCAGCGCGAGAUAUAAAGGAGCGGAAUUAUUUUUGAGGAGACCGAAUUCGCAACAGUCGGUCGUCAGUUCGACCACACUUCCGUCGCCAAUUCAGGGAUACGGAGUUUCUUCGCCGUUAGAAGUCGAUAGUCCCGGAGAUGAGCCGCGAGUUUUGACGUACUAUCAGGCGGUGGAAACGGCGAGCAUAAAUAAUGAACAACGGACUGACUUACGGACACCGGCGCAAGUCGGCCAGGUAGACAGCGUUAACGUUAACGACACGAACAAUUCUAACAUUGACAUUAAUAACGCACCAAUUAUCGGUUCGCGAAUCACCGAAAUCGAUUCGACCCCCGAUACUUCCGAGAAUAUUAUCCCAACCGAUUUGGAAACAACAGCAAAUCCGGUGGCGACUACCGCAAUUGCUGAAACAACCCCGAGUCCCCCUGAAACGACGACCGCCCCUCCACCGAACGAGGCCACCCCGCAAUCUCCCGAUAUCUUUACAACGACACUCGUACCUGGCGACACCGACAACUCGACCCCCGACCCUGUCUCCACGCUCACCACCACCACCGCGAUCUCCGGUGGGGAGGAAAUUCCUACCCCUCCGAUUUUUUCGAGGUUGUCGGAAUCCACCACGACCGUCUCUUCGACCGAGACGCAGCAGAGUUCGACGGAAUCGAUGCCAGAAAGUUCAGAAUCCACUACGGGGCCGAUUGGUUCUCAGGAAAUUUUAACUACGUCGAGCCCUGAUACCACGACAUUAAGUUUGUCCCAAGUUGAUUCCGAGGCGAGCACCUCCCCCGCGAUGUUGGAAACGACUACGGAGGUAUUCGCAGUUACCGAGACACCCCAAGCGACACCGCCCUCGAUAUUUGGUAGAAUUUUAGAUUCCGCAACCACCGAGUCAACCACCCAAGAAUCGUCGGUUCGAGAAAGCACUCCUCAGCCAUCCCUGGAGAUAGAGGCUUUCUUCGGGAACCCCACCACAAUUUCCAAUCAGGUAACAGGUGAACCAGAAAUUGAAGCUGCGACCCAAACCACCCCCGACAACGAUACAGGGGGGGUAUCGGAAUUAGAAAUCGCGACAAUAACGUCUACCCAAGCGACGACUCAACCCGACACCACAACUCCGGUGUCCGUGACGACUCAAGGAACUGAGAAAGAAUCGAAUAUGUCAGAGUCAACGACGGCGACGCCCGAAAUUUUAGCAAACACUCAACAACCGAGUGAUUCCUCCGCGGAGACGACUUCCGAACAAAUGCAAACGACAACCCAGUUGUUCGAAAAUCGUUUCGGAAUCGCGUCAGACUCGGUGGGACCGUCGUUGGCAAAAAUUGUUGAAAAAAUCGAGAGCGUGACGACCGUGGUACCCGAGACCACGAGCGUUGCGAUCGACGAAGAGUCGAGUGCUACCACGACGGAAUUCAGUUUCGCGGCUCUUCCUCGAUUUUUGGCAGGAUUCGCAGAGAACACCUUAGCCACGCAAACGAGCGAAGCGCAGGAAAGCACCACACAAACAUCGACACUCGAAACAACGAGCACACCCCUCGAAUCAAUGUCGGAUAUCACAACAACAUUAGCAACAACAACAACAACGACAACACAAGACUCCUCAUUAACAACGACUAACGAUUUACCCUCGACCACCGAAACGACCCCCGAUACCAACGUAGUAUCGCGAAUCGUGGAAUCGCAGGAUAUAACCGCGACGGAUAUAACCACUAAUCCGCCCCUCGGAACCACCCCCGAUACCGCCACCGACUCGAUCACAGACACAACCGCGACUUUAGAACCCACCCCUACCCCUUUUUUUACCGAUACGCCAACUCUGCUUGCCCGUUUACAGGAUCAAACUGCAAAUGAGACUGCAACCGAAACCGCCCAAAGGACGGCUGGUGCCGACGUGCAAGCAACGACUCGACCGAACGAUAACGCUUCAGAAAAUCCCGAAACCACCCAAAAUCCCACAACCCUCCAAUCGACGACCACCGUAACGACGACUUUCUCCACCGGAACGAACGCUGACCUCGUCGCUACCACCGAAGGAAUCACCGCCGGUAGCGGUUCGACCGUUCAAUCGGAAACCACACCGGCGUUUUCCUCGACGGAAGCGAUGCCUCAGACAACAUUUGGAAUCGAAGAGAAUAUCAUUUCGGACAAUUCCGACGUCACUCCCGUUCCAAACGAGGCUACAACGACCGAAGAUGUUCGGAUAUCCAACGAAAUCGAUUCACCCACGACGAUCAAUGGCGAACAAAUGAUCACCACGGUAUCGAGUCUAGAUUCUACGAGCACCUCGACGACCGAGAUGGCUCAGUCUUCGACUACGAUUCGAGAAACUACCGCGUCUACGGAGAGAAUUCGGAUGGGUGGAAAUUCGAACGAUAAUCCCGCGGUUCCGUACGUUGUGGGCGGAAGAUUCGGGGGCAACAGAUUGACUCCGGCACCUCGAUUCAGCCCGAGUUCGUCCACCAGAGCGCCUCUGAGGGAUUACCACGUUUACGGAAUCUACCCGAAUAAAACGAUCGUCCGUAAACGACCGGAGGACAACCUCAUUGACGGGAGAAACGUCAAUAGUCCAUACGUGAUAUUUGGAAUAUAUCCGAAUGGAAAAUUGGUACGAAAGUUUCCGAAUGGUACGAUUAUUCCGGAUCCCCCGAGGAACCCUGUUGAGGUCGUCUUCUCACUAAGCACUUCUACUAGCACAACUAACCGGCCCGGUACUAUCUUCUAUAACCAGGCUAACCAAGGCUAUAUUCAUAAUCAGAAUCCUGCAAUCUAUAAUAACAGACCGGUAGCCGGUGUAUUGAACCAAGUUACCAAUCGAUUUGCUGCCCUCGAUAUCGGACUCGCCGGUAAUACGAUUACUGGUAACAACGAAGGGACCUUAAAAAAAAUGAGCGAUAUUUUGUUAGACACUCAAAUGGGAACGAAUUCGAAGACUGCGUCAGAAAUUUCCGACCUCCUCACAACAUCUCCGAACGCCAACACCGCUAGCGGGGUAACUCAGACGACGUUUGGAACCCCUUUGAGAAAUUUCAAUUCGGAAACGAGUGCGAAUUCGAGUCCUCGAAACAGCGGACGGGUCUAUCAGGAAACAGAAUCCGACGAGGCGACUCGAAAUAGAAACGCUAACGGACAACGAAGUUCCGUUUAUAUCGGUCAGGAUAAGUUCAUAAAUUACUGGAGUGACAGCACGCCUAAUACGAGUCCGAGAGUGGUCAGUGUCAAGAUAAAUUCCAUAGCGAGUUCCACAAACGUCGGUCCCGCUUCUACAGCACCGUUGCCAUCGCUGGACAUUUUGUCAGGAAGUCAACCCGUCAAUCCCGUGACAACGGCCCCGGGUUUCCCGUGGCGAGAUCCGCUCGAUCAGAUUUUCGGGGUAACGACAAACUCGCCAGGACUCGCCACUUCCAUCGCAACGAACAGUAUUGCGGACGAUCCUCCGAGCAGCGCAACGAUCGUGUCGCGUCCGAUAAAUCCUUUCGUCGAGGUGUUCACUCCAGUUUCGAGCAACAUUGAUUCCACCGUCACCGGGACGAGAUCCUUGCAACUCGCUCUGACGGAAACGCCAAUUCCCGUAGCAACGACAACCACAUCGACAACAACUCAAGUCCCAAUUACAACCACCACGACUCAGGUGCCAACCACCACAACUCAGGUGCCAACCACGACCACAACGACGACUACUACCCCGUCGCCGACUACUACAACAACAACAACGACGACGACGACCACAACUCUGGCGCCGACUACGACAACGACCGCGUCAACAACCACGACUACAACCCCACGACCUGCUGUAACUUCGAGUACAACGAUGACCCCGGUGACUUUGGAACCAUUCGGGAUAACGAUGACGAAUAUACCGAAACAGACUCCGUUCGGAAACACGUUCGACGAUUUGGCUUUUCUAAACGCCUUGUUACAGCCAGCAAACGCGGGCAGUUCGACACCCAAGACUCUGACGCAGGCGGAACAACUCUUGGCCAAUAAGAUUCUAUCCCUCGCGUUGGGGAACGCAGGUCCUACCCGAUCUCCAAAAGCGAUUCGUCCUUCGAACAGUGGGUCGUCGAAUACGUUCGAUUUUUCGACCGGUUCAAAGUCCCCUUCGCAGCCGAUAAUAAUCGAUCUCCAAUCGACUACAACGACCACGAGAAAACCGGGCACCACCCAAUUCACUUGGAAACCAAUUCCGAUCGUGAAAACCACCCCGAGUCCCGUAACUUCUGCUUCGACGACCACCGUCAGACCGAUUGUUCAAUCGACUUGGAAGCCUAUUCCCGUCGUGCAGACUGUCAAAAAAGAGUUGCCUCUGAGCGGUCCUCCUGCAAAGGUGAUCGAGCCUUUUAUCGUAACCCCCGAGAUAAAACCGAUCGUUUCAACGACGUCGAGGCCAAAAAUCAGGACUACAACUGCCCCCCCGAGUCAAGGAUUCGGUGCGAGUCUUUUGACCGCUUUGUUCGGAAGCAAUCCUUUCGCGCCUCCGUCUCCAUCGGUGCCACCUCAGGUUUCGGUGACAAAAAAACCAAUCGUGAUCACUCCGAAACCUAUUCAACCGUCGACAACGCGGAAGCCCGUUCAGGAAGUAAAACUUCCACCGUCAACGACAACGACAACGACGACAACGACAACGACGACUACGACGACUACGACCCAGCGCCCGAUCACAAACGGAAUCGCCGUUCUCCUAAACAAUCCGAAUCCCCGAGUGCCAACAGCGACCGUUCCAAGUUCAACUUUUUCGCCCGAGGAAGACGCGAAAUUUUUAUCCGCGCUUCUGAACGCCGCACGUCCCGGAGGGAAGCCAUCUACUCCCGGAAUUUCUUCGGACGACGAAGCUUUUUUGAGAGCAAUUCUCAGCGGGCAAGCUAACGUUCUUCCAGCUUCUCCAGUUUCAGCUGGUACGAGCGGUGGAAAUGACGCUGCUCUAUUAGCGGCGCUUCUGCAAUCGCAGGGAAUCGGUCCAUCGACGCCACGUAAUAAUCUAAGAGCUCAAUUGUCGGGUUCAACGACUCCGUCUCGAAGACCGACGAUAACGACGACCUGGGCGCCGAUAAGUUCCACCUAUCCUCCAUCGCUAUUCGAUUCACUCGCAAAUUUCGGUAGUAAUCAGAGUCCCAGAGGAAGUGUUUCAGCUCCGGCUUCGUCAACUGAUAAUUCCGAAAACGGAAACGUUCGCGAUCAGGUAGUUGGUGCCGCGAUCGGAGCAACGAGAGCAUUCAGCCGGUUCCUCGGCGCUGCCAUUACGGGAGCGGCUCAACAAUUUCAAUCUUUCGUAAGAAACGGUACCAAGUACGUUUCCGAAGCGGUUUCAGGAAAAUAAUUGAAAAAAAAAAAAGAUCAUAUUUAUUUCUUAUUAUACUACCAUAACGCACCUACCUAUAAUUGUAAUAUUAUUGAUAAUAAUUUAAUUAGAGGUACAUGGAAAAAAAUGAUGAUGAAAAAUGAAAUUAUAUACGAACUACGCGAGCGGUAAUUAAUCAAUAUCAAUUAAUAAUACCAAUUAAUAAUAUCGAUAAAAAAAAAACAAACGAUAAUGAUAACGAUAUCCUCCGCAAGUAGUCUGCAGCUGGAGUCUGAAUGGUUAGAGUAAACUAUUUUUUUUUUUUUACGUUACUUAUAUAUAUUAAAUAUCGAUUUGUAAUUUGUAAUAUAUAAUUAAUUUAUGAGAUUUCUUUUUUAUUUCUAGUGGUGCGUCGAUUAUAUUUAAAAAAUAUUCAAUCGCUACCACGGUAUAAUAGCGUUAUUUCGAAGAAAAGAUAAUCAAAAUUUAAGUUUCCUUCAUUUUUAAACAUUCUGUUUAUGCUUUUUCAAGGUAAUAAUACGAUAAUUUCGCUGAUUACUCUAUACUCUUUAGUAAUGACAAUAUAAUAUACUCCAUAUGUAUAUUAUAACCACGCCUAAUAACGUCGAAAAUGAUAACUAUAAUAACUACUACGGUAUCUAUACCUAAUCUAUCGAGUAUGUUCUAUAAAUAUAUUAUAUGUAUAUCGGGCAAGCAAGUAUGUUAAUUCCAUCAAUUUCAAAACGACGUAUUGUAAAUGUACUCGGUGAUUUCUGAGAUGAAAAAAUAACAAGAUAUUUUCGUUUUUUUCUUACUUACUUUUUUCUCGUCUCAUUCAAACUGUGCACCACGCGUGUACGAAUAUUUAUCUAUUUAUUAAUUAUUUUACUUCAUUUUUUUUUUUAUUUGACCUAUGAAUUUCGAUCUACAUUGAUUUCUUUUUUUAUACAACCGGAUCACAAUGAUCGACAUUACGUCUGUAUAGGCAAUCAUUAUUCGCCAGGAUAAAUUUCUAAGUUUUGACGGUGGCGAAACCCGGUGCUUUUCAAACUUCGACUCAACUUUAGUGAAAAAAAAAAAAUGAUUUAAAUAAAAU